CAGGAAGAAACUUACCACUGGAGAUCUUGCUUGAAGCACUGAUACAGCUUUUGCAAAGCUGUGAUGGCAUCUACUUGGGCUCUCCAGGCCGGCAAGGACCAGGAUGAACUUUUGGAAGUAAAGAUAGAGGAGGAGGAGCAGAGGGAGGAGGAAUAUAAGGAUACCACCAGACAGGAUCAGAACCUGCAAAAGAACAACAUGCAUAGUAGAGAGGUCUUCCGACAGUACUUCAGGCAAUUCUGCUACCAGGAAACAUCUGGACCCCGUGAGGCUUUGAGUCGACUGCGGGAACUUUGCCGUCAGUGGCUGAGGCCGGAGACCCACACCAAAGAGCAGAUCCUGGAGCUCCUGGUGCUGGAACAAUUCUUGACCAUCCUGCCCGAGGAGCUCCAAGCCUGGGUGCAGGAACAGCAUCCAGAGAGUGGGGAAGAGGUGGUGACUGUGCUGGAGGAUUUAGAGAAAGAGUUGGAUGAGCCAGGAUAUCAGGUCUCAGUCCAUGCUGAGGAACAGGAAAUGUUCUUGCAGGAGAUGGCACCUCUAGGAAGAGAACAAGAACCCAGUACAUCCCUCCAGUGUGUGAAAGCCCAGCUAAAGUGUGAAUCUCCAGAACUUGAAGCCCAACAGAAGCAAGUUUCAGAUGUUGAGACUGGAAAUGAGUACAGGAAUUUAACUCUAAAGCAAGAAGUUUCUGAAGAAAUGGAACCAUAUGGGAGUAUAUCUAGCAGAUUUGAAAAUGAAAUGUCCCAGUCUGGUAGGUGUGGAAAAACUUAUGAACCUGAAGAAAAAACAGAAGAGCCUUCUGGACACUGUAGUGAAGAUAAACAACCUAUAUGUGAUGAAAAUGGAGUAAGUUUGACUAAGAACUCAGACCUUACUGAACGCCAGAGAAUCUGUCCAGGAAAAAAACCUUAUGAAUGUGAUGACUGUGGAAAAGUUUUUAGUCAGCACUCACGCCUCAGUGAACAUCAGAGGAUCCAUACUGGAGACAGGCCCUACAAAUGCGAAGAAUGUGGAAAAACUUUCCGUGGGAGAACUGUGCUUAUUCGUCACAAAAUAAUACACACUGGAGAGAAACCAUACAAAUGUAAUGAGUGUGGCAAAGCCUUUGGGCGGUGGUCAGCUCUUAAUCAACAUCAGAGACUUCACACAGGAGAGAAACACUACCACUGUAAUGAAUGUGGCAAAGCCUUUAGCCAAAAAGCAGGCCUCUUUCACCAUCUCAAAAUCCACACAAGAGACAAACCGUAUCAUUGUACUCAGUGUAAUAAAAGUUUUAGUCGACGUUCAAUACUUACUCAGCAUCAAGGAGUUCAUACUGGGGCAAAGCCCUAUGAGUGCAACGAGUGUGGAAGAGCCUUUGUUUAUAACUCAUCCCUUGUUUCCCAUCAGGAGAUCCACCACAAAGAAAAAUGCUAUCAGUGUAAGGAAUGUGGGAAAUCCUUCAGUCAGAGUGGCCUUAUUCAACAUCAGAGAAUCCACACUGGGGAGAAACCUUACAAGUGUGAUGUUUGUGGAAAAGCCUUUAUUCAGAGGACAAGUCUUAUAGGACAUCAGCGAAUUCACACUGGAGAGAGACCCUAUAAAUGUGAUAAGUGUGGGAAGGCUUUCACUCAAAGAUCAGUCCUCACGGAACAUCAGAGAAUCCACACUGGAGAGAGGCCCUACAAGUGCGAUGAGUGUGGGAAUGCCUUCCGAGGAAUCACCAGCCUCAUUCAGCAUCAGAGAAUCCACACUGGGGAGAAACCCUACCAAUGUGAUGAAUGUGGCAAAGGCUUCAGACAGAGGUCAGAUCUUAGUAAACACCAGAGAAUCCAUAAUAGAGGUGGUCCCUGUAAAUGUAAAGAGUGUGGGAAAUCGUUCAGGCAGAACUCAGCUCUUAUUCAACAUCAGACUAUCCACAAAGGAGAAAAAUCUUUUUCUGUGUGAUAACUACAGGGAAGCUAUCUCACCGAGUGCAGGCUGGAGAGAAAUACUAGGUUUGAAAUGAUUUAGGGCAGAAUGUCAGUCACUAUUGCUAUGAGGAAACCUCAGAUAUUUUAUAAAGAAUCCACUAAUAGGUGCUGUGGAGAACAAGAAGCAUAACACCAAAUUCUUUUUCUUAAAGAGUUUACCAUCUAGGUUGGAAUAUAUAAGAUCCACAUGUUUAAAUAAGACUACAGAAUGGUAGAAUUGAUGCUCAAAGUAGUGUAGAAUUAAAGUGGCACUUGGCAGACAGUAAGUGCUAUAAAUUCUGAAGGACAGAUCCUUGUUGCCUAAGGUGGUCAGGAAAGAUUUAAUUGAAGAUAAGGGUUUGAUGGGCAGAUUUGAAAGGCAAAAGGAAGAAAACAUUUAGGGUCAAAAAAAAAUGGAAGCAGAGGCAAGCAUAUGGUUUGGAAAUAAUCAGCGACAGGACUGGCCAACCUAAAGUAGAGAGCUUGUUCAAAUUGGGCAGUUGAUGACAUUAAGUUGGAAAUAGCGUGGGGACAGACUAUGGAAGGGCUAAAAUGCCAAUAAUUUUACCUAAUACUUUAUAACGCUUUGACACAACGCACUCUUCUCAUUUAAUUCCUAAAAUAUCUCUGUAAAAUUAAAAUUAUUCUCCGUUUUAAAACUGAGGAUACUCUUGUUUAUGGAGAUGGUGACAUAACUACAAUAUCACACAAAGGAAAAGACCAGCAACUUAAGUGCAGGUCUCCAACUUCAUUCAGGUCCUUUCCAUUACAAUAGUGAUUCCUCAACGUCAGUGGAGCUCGAUUAAAAUGCCUGAGUCCCACUCACAGAUAUUCUGCUUCAUUAGGUCUGGGAUGGGCUUGAAUCUUCAUUUUGACAGCUCCACAGUCACCUGAUGUUAGACUAAAAUAUGAGAAACAUUGCAUUGAG